AUUUGAUGUCAGUUGGCACAGAAAAUGUAGCUUCAUUUUUCACCAUAACCUUACUUUUCCUAUCAACUGCUUUCGAUACUAGGACAGAAAUCUGAUUUCCGGCACUUGCAUUAAAAACAUCGAAUAUGAUGGAAGCUUGGAAACAUUUUACUUUUGAGCUUGAGCCUGGAGAUCCAAUCGUUCAAACAUGGCCAUUUGUAAGGCCAGAUUAUUUACCGUUUCUUCUGACUGCUUCCUAUUUGCUUUUCAUAAAAGUCCUUGGUCCUCAACUUAUGAAAACGCGACAACCAUUUGGUCUCCGGCAUCUGUUGAUUGUGUAUAAUUUUUGGAUUGUUAUCAUGUAUGUUGGAUGCGUGGCUACACUGUUCUACAAGUUUUGUACAACUGAUUCAAUUUAUGUGAUUUGCAAGAAAAAACAGGUCUCCGACAGUCAUCAUUACUACACAGCUGUGUCCGUCGCUUGGAUAAUGUACGUGUUGAAAUAUGUUGAAUAUGCUGAUACGAUAUUUUUUGUACUCCGAAAAAAAUUUAAUCAAAUAACUAACCUGCAUUUAAUACAUCACACACUGGUUCCUGUUGCGUUCUGGUUUGCCCUACGAACUGAAACUUGUGGAUUCCACAUAAUUACGGGCAUGAUCAAUUCCAUUGUGCACGUAAUAAUGUAUUCAUAUUACGGGUUAACAGCUAUUGGUCCAGAAGUUCAGAAAUAUUUGUGGUGGAAGAAGUACCUUACGACCAUACAAAUGAUGCAGUUCGUCAUCAUUAUUUUCACCUACAUAGCAGCAUAUCUCCUUAACUGUGGAACAUCAGUGACAAUUCUGUACUUUGGUAUUUUUCUCACAAGUCUCUUUCUCAUUCUUUUUGGCAAUUUCUACAUUAAAACUUACCUAAAGUGGACUGCAAAACGACCUGCUAAUGCACUGCAUACAGAAUGAAAAAUGAAACUGGAAAAGUAUUUUCUAUGUCACCAGAAAAUGAUACAGAAAAUGUUGUAUGUGGAAAAAUCAAUGUAACAUAACGUUCCAUUCAUAUCUCCAAACUUAUAUCACUAAUUAGCGAAUUUCUGUGAAAGAAUAGAGGCCAUGUCAGCUUUCUGGCACAGAAAAUGCAUUUUAAACUUUAAUAAAGCUGAAGAAAAGGUACGAAUAAUAACUUAUGAGUUAUUGCAAGUUACGAGAGCAAAAGUAAGUGAUUUCAUCCAAAAUCGAAUAUUCAUCUUGUAAUAAUUACAUGAUAAAUAUUUUCAAAGACCACAGGUGAACCCUACCUCGUUACUAUUCAAGAACCUUUUGCUGGAUAUUUACACAUUUCAUAAAUAUGCUUGGUGAUGUUUGCUGCAAGGUUUCCAACGUUUAGAAACUUAUAGACUACGCCCAACUACAAUCCUGUCUUGUGCUCUCCGCUUCAAAUUUGUGGAAGCUCUACUAGGGGGGCAAGGGACAGCCGUAUGAUUCCUCAGACUUUCUUCUGUUGGGUCUGUUAUUGUGUUUCUUGUUUUGCUGUAUCGUAUUUGAGCUGUCUUUUGUCUUACCACGGGAAAUAAAAUUAAAAAAAAUAUUUUUUAAUGCUUUAGUCAAGCAGGUAAAGAAAGUAUAAAAUUUUCUUUUCACAACAAGAAAUAAAAUGUGG